UUCAAUUGAAAUUGGAAAGCAUAGGAUAUAUUGUAUACUUUGGUAUAUGCUUAUUGCUUGAGCUGAUUAAUUCAGGUAAGCCAACCUUACUAGCUCCAAGGAGAUUAAAAAGGUUUGCUUUUUAUUUGUCUUACUGUUAGGGAGAGAUAAAAAUACAUAUACUUCAUUUGAUUCAAUAUCUCAACCUGCAGCAUGGAUUCACCUUCUUUGCACAUAGCAAUGUUCCCAUGGUUUGCUAUGGGGCACCUGACCCCUUAUCUCCACCUCUCUAACAAAUUAGCAAAAAGAGGACACAAAAUCUCCUUCUUCAUCCCCAAAAGAACACAAGCAAAGUUACAACAUCUCAACCUUCACCCAAAUCUUAUUACCUUUAUCCCCAUCACUGUUCCUCAUGCUGAUGGCCUUCCUCAUAAUGCUGAAACCACUUCAGAAGUUCCCUUCUCCUUAUUCUCAAAUCUUGCCACAGCUUUGGAUCACACAGAGAAGGACAUUGAACCUCUGCUGAGGGUGCUAAACCCACAAAUUGUUUUCUUUGAUUUUCAACACUGGCUACCAAACAUGGCAAGGAGCCUUGGCAUCAAGAGUGUCCAGUACUUCAUAGUUAAUCCAGUAACAUCAGCAUCAAGAGUGUUCAAUACUUCCCUUGGGAGACAGAGCCAAGGAACAGAGUUCCCUGGUUCAUCCUUUAAGUUUUAUAAACAUGAACUUCGAUUCCUAGCUGGCACGAGGGAACUGGUGUUUGGAAGUGGUAUUUUGUUUCAUGAUCGCUUAGGCACGGGUACAAGCUUGUCAGAUGCAAUUGGGUUCAAAGGUUGCAGAGAACUUGAUGGACCAUAUGCAGAGUAUCUUGAAAAUGUAUAUAAGAAGCCUGUUCUGCUUUCAGGCCCUCUUUUACCAGAGCCAUCAAACUCUACUUUGGAGGAAAAAUGGGUUUCAUGGCUUGAGAAAUUCAAUUCUGGUUCUGUGGUUUUCUGUGCAUAUGGAAGUGAAGGUCCAUUACAGCAGAAUCAGUUUCAGGAAUUGUUGCUUGGUCUUGAGUUAACAGGUUUUCCAUUUCUUGCAGCACUUAAGCCCCCUACUGGAUUUGAGUCUAUUGAAGAAGCUCUUCCUGAAGGAUUCAAAGAAAGGGUUCAGGGAAGAGGGAUUGCAUAUGGAGGUUGGGUUCAGCAGCAAUUGAUUUUAGGACACCCUUCUGUUGGUUGCUUCAUAACACACUGUGGUGCAGCUUCUAUCACUGAGGCACUUGUCAGCACCUGUCAAAUGGUGCUGCUACCGCGGUUAGGCUCUGAUCAUAUCAUGAAUGCGCGGGUGAUGAGUGCACAAUUAAAGGUUGGGGUAGAAGUGGAGAAAGAAGAACAAGACGGGUUAUUCACUAAAGAAAGUGUAUGCAGAGCUGUGAAAACUGUGAUGGAUGAUGAGAGUGAGCUUGGAAGAGAAGUGAGAGCAAAUCAUACCAGAGUGAGGAAUUUAUUACUGGGUGAAAAUUUAGAGUCCUCAUGUGUUGAUACUUUCUGCCAAAGGCUUCAAGAGUUGUUGCAAAUUCUACCUGAGUAGAAAAGUGAGAAAACAUAGCGAGUAUAUGUUUGAAUUUGCGUUGAACUUAUUUUUGUCAUAUACAUGAGUUGAUGUGCCAAAAAUUUGUUUUCUGUUAAUGUGUUCGGAUGUGUGUUUUCUUUUAUGACGAACGAGAAACUAUUUAUAUGAGUCGAUGUACAUAUGAGUCGAUGUGCCAAAAAUUGUUUUCUGUUAAUGUGUUUGGAU